AUGGCCAUACAGCAACCAAAACCUCCUCCAAAUCAGCAGCUGUACAAGUUUCUACUGUUUGGCAGUGUGUCUGACAGUGAACUGCCCUCUUUACUGCACCGACUGAAAGGACUGGCUGACUUUGCAACCUGUGGAGGCAUAGCAUUCAUUGACAAGGAGCAAACUUAUAAAAUUGAAAUAGGCAACACUCGCUCUGUUGUUAGAGUUCGACAGUCGCUAGACAAUGCCGAGGCCCCCUUGCAACUCAUAUACACUGGGCAGCUGGACCUGGGUGAUGCUAACAGGCCGGCUGGACCGUCAGGAGAAGGAGCUGGUGUGGCGGGUGCCCAGCUGUUGUCAGAGCACUACCUGGUGGAGUUGUCAGCUGUGACCACAUCAGGGCACGACAACGUUGGCAUGGAGAUGAGGGCUUUCGCUGAGCAACUCAAACCGUAUCCUAUGGAGCAAUUGUGA